GGAAGCCUUCUUCUGUGCCAGAAAAGUUAAACGUCCACACCCAUUCUACUUUAACAUCGCCCGGACAAAUCUCUGCAUCAUCUCAACUUCUUCAACCUAGGACAAUCAACAUGGCUAUGGUAUCAGAGUUUCUGGGGCAGCUGUCUCUCAACGUUGGGUCCUUUGAACCCACAUACCCCACUGUGGUACCUGCUGUGGACUUCGACCCUGACAGAGAUGCUGCCAGAAUAGAGACCGCUAUCAAAACCAAAGGAGUGGAUGAACAGACCAUCAUUGAUGUCCUAACAAAGCGGACAUACUCACAAAGGAGAGAAAUUGCUUUUGCGUAUGAAAGGAGGGCAAAGAAGGACAUGAUCACAGCCCUGAAGGGAGCGCUGUCUGGCUCUCUGGAAACAGUCAUCCUUGGACUGAUGCAGAGCACGACCCAGUAUGACGCCUCAGAGAUCAGAGGCUCUAUCAAGGGCUUGGGAACAGAUGAAGAAACGCUGAUUGAGAUUUUGUGCUCACGCAGCAACGAUGAGCUGGUGGAGAUCAAGAAGGUCUACAAGGAGUUAUUCAAGAAGGAGCUGGAGAAAGACGUGGCAGGUGACACCUCUGGAAACUUUGCGAAGCUGCUCUUGGCUCUGGUGCAGACCAAGAGAGCAGAGCCAUCCGCUGUUGUAGACUAUGAAAAGAUUGAUGAAGAUGCCCAGGCUCUUUAUGAAGCUGGAGUGAAAAUAAAAGGAACUGAUGUGCCGACCUGGAUCACCAUUAUGUCUGAGAAAAGUGUGCCCCACCUGCAGAAAGUGUUUCAGAGGUAUAAGAGUUACAGCCCCUACGACAUGCAGGAGAGCAUUGUGAAGGAAGUUAAAGGAGACUUGCAAAAGUCCUUCCUGGUGCUGGUUCAAUGCUUUGAAAACAAACAGCUGUACUUUGCCAAAAGACUGAAUGAAGCCAUGAAGAGCAAAGGAGCCAAAGAGAAGAUGGUGACCAGAAUUAUUGUGUCACGCUGCGAGGUGGACCUGAAGAAGAUCAGCUCUGAAUACAAGACCAGCUUUGGACAGUCGCUGCAAAAGACUAUUAUGGAACACACUAAGGGAGACUACCAGAAGGUGCUGCUCAGCCUGUGUGGACCAGAGUAAUAAACAUGACUCAUCAGUAUCAGAAGGGCCACAUUUUCCUCCUCUGGAAAGGUGCAAUGGAAAGGUGGGCUUAUGAAUAUCACACUUGGAGCAAACUGCGGCACCGGCCCCUCCUCCUUUUCCUGCACACACAUGUGAACACAACAAUUAAGGAGAUACAUUUAUCUUUUUGAUACAUGAAGAAUCUGUGUUACAUCCUGCUGGUGAAGCGGCAAUAAAGUUGCUUUGUUGGA